AUUUUUGUGAUGAGUUUUUUUUUUUUUUUGGUUUACUUCGGAUUUUAUCAUAUUUUUCUGUGCAAAUACUGUAACUUAGCUUGAAACCUGUUCUAAUAGAAUGUUUUUAUCCAGGGCUGUUGUGAAAAUGAGAAGAGCGAAGACAAAAGUGAUUUUCUUCUUCUUUCCAAUCUUAAUAUGUUGCAUAGGCUGAUUAGUUACUUUGCUUGUCAGGUGUAAUGACAGAGAAAAUGAUCCAUCUCAUGUAAAGCAGAUGUAAGUUUCUGAACCUCACUUUUAAGAUCCAAAGGACGAAAGCUGAAGACAAAGAGGAUGCAUGCAGGCGUCUAUUAGGGAGACCAAUUACUUGCUGGAGAACAGGUUUCCAUUUAUAUUCAGUUGCUGAGAUUAUUUUAAUCGCUUUCAAAUCAUCCUCUGUUCUAAUAUCAAAUUCUUAAAUAAACCUAUACAAUUCAUGCUUGCCUUUGAUUGUUCGAAUAUGAAUGAAAAUUGAUUUGUUGUGGAAUUGAAAAAAAAAAAAAUUACUCUUUAUGUUUACCGAUACUAUUUGAAGUAGAAAUUGUCUUAGCUUAAAAUAUGUUUUUGGUCCUUGUACUUUAAACCUCAUUUCAUUUUACUCCCGUCACUUUCAAAUGUUUUAGUUUAGUCCUUAUAUUUUCAAUCAAUCUUAAAAUUAGUCUUUUAAAGUAGUUUUUUUUAAUUAAAAUUUGUUAGAUAACCAUAAUUUGUAUGUAAAAUAGUAUGAACAUAUUUGUUGAGAAAGUAAAGAUCUUGCCAUGGAAACUUUGGCAGUGCAAUGUGGGAAUCAAGUGUUUGGUGGUGGGGUGGACCUUGGCUAAUACCUUCUUUCCUAUAUAUGUAUAUGUAUUUAUGCAUAUGUAUGUGUAUGUAUGUAUAUAUAUGUAUGUAUAUGUAAGAUUCCAUAUUUUCUUGAAUCUGUUUUGGAUAAGAACUUUUUUUGCAUUUGAAUGGCGAGUGUUUGUUAGAUUUUGCAAGUAUUUGUUUGAACACAAUUUUGAAGAUCAAGACGAUGUAUUUAUUGAAAAAAAAAUUGAUUAACUUUUAGCUAAGGAAUAAAUUUUGAUAUCAAUGAAGAUGCCAAAGUUUCGAUGCUUGAAUUUGUGAGUGAGAUUUGAAUUACUUACUUUUAAAAUUUUAAUGAGUGUCUUAUCCAUUGAACUAUAUUUGAAUUGACUCGUGUUUCUAUAAUUAACAGUAGAGAAAAGGAUGAUUAUUUUUAUUAGUACGAGACCUUUUAAGUAAAGUAAAGAAGACUUAUGCUUCAAAUAGUUAAUAUCAUGCAACGGCUAUUUAUUUAUGAUCUUAGAAACAUUGUGAUACGUCUCACACAAAAGAACAUAAAGAAAUAACUUUUAGAUCUUUUCCACAGACCCUUUAUAUGAAUUUGACCAUGUCCCUACAAAAAAAGCUUUGUAUGAGAAAUUGUGAGGAAAUAUAUAUUAUUUCAGAAAAAGAUUUUGUCUGAAUACCUUUGAAACUGUACCAAAAAGGUAUCAAAAUUGGGACAUUGUUUUGUGGGUGUGAUCAAGUUUGUCUAGGAAUUCCCACUGUCACUUUAUUUUAUUCCUUCCCUUUAUUUCUUUUUUGGUCUUCAUGUUUACAUAUAAUAAUAUUACAAACUUCCCAUCUCCCAAUGCCCAAUGGAGUCUGUUCAUAUCUUUGAGAAUGCCCAUAACUUAUCAUGCAUUCAUAAAUUCAUAAAUUGAUUUGAAGUAUUUUCGUGAGCAUAGGAUACACUGAUAUGUUAGGAAUAGAAUUGAUGUAUUGUUGGUUCAAUUUGAACAUAUCUCAAUUAUUAAAAAGGUUGCAGGUUCGAAUUCUUUCUUAUUAAGAAGCGGAGAUUGAUUUUAGGGAGCCUCUCUUUAAGACAAUGCUUAAGAUGUUAUGCUUUUCGUACAGGUUGGAACUUAGGAACGAGGAAUUUCGCUACUUUAGUAAGUUAGGGCUUUAGAUAAGCUAAUCUCUGUGCUACUCUCAUUCUCCCUCUGUCUUCCAAGAGACUGUUCUUCACAUCCUGAAUACACUUUCCUUGGCUGACCCCAUUUUCAAGAUUCCUCCACUGUCUCUGUCUGUCUCUGUCUACAGAUUUGGUGAAGCCAAGGAGUUAAGUUCAGUGGGUCUCUUUCUGCUUACCAUCUCCUUCUUCCUUCUGAUGGAAAUGAUUUUGUUAUAGAACCCAGAAAGAUGAUGCAAGAUCUGUUGCAGAACAGGAAUCCAUUGAACUUCUUCGAUGCCACUAACAAGGCUCUGUUUUGGAGCUUCACUUUCUUUUUCCCUCUCCUUCAUUUUCCCUCUUUUGCUCUCAACAGCGAUGGCGCCCUCUUGUUGUCUCUCAAACGCUCCAUUCUCGGCGAUCCCUUGUCCGUUUUCGCUAAUUGGAAUGUUUAUGAUGCCACACCCUGUUCCUGGCGUGGAGUCACCUGCACCGACCUCCGUGGCUAUGGCGGUGGAUGGCCGGAUUUCCUCAGAGUCACUGCCGUCUCACUCCCUGCCAGCCAGCUUCUGGGUUCCAUUCCUGAUGAGCUGGGAAGGAUCGAACACCUUCGUCUUCUUGAUCUUUCCGGUAAUUUCUUUAAUGGGUCUCUCCCGGUUUCCAUUUUCAAUGCUUCGGAGCUUCAGAUUCUUUCUCUUUCGAACAAUGUAAUCUCCGGGGAGUUGCCCGCGGAUAUUGGGGGUUUGAGGAGUCUUCAGGUUUUGAAUCUGUCUGAUAAUGCGUUUGCUGGGAAAGUGCCGGGGAAUCUCACUGCUCUGAAGAAUCUCACCGUUGUUUCUCUGAGGAGUAAUUAUUUCGCCGGAGAGAUUCCUGGGAAUUUCAGCUGGGUUGAGGUUUUGGAUUUGUCUUCUAAUUUGCUCAAUGGGUCUUUGCCGGCGGAUUUUGGUGGGGAGAAACUACGGUCUUUGAACUUCUCUUACAAUAAAAUUUCAGGUCCCGUUCCACCGGAGUUCGCGAAGUGGAUUCCGGCGAAUGCGACGAUGGAUCUCUCUUUCAACAAUCUCACCGGAGCGAUUCCUCAGUCGGCUGCUCUGCUCAGCCAGAAAACAGAGGCGUUCGCCGGAAAUGAAGAUCUCUGUGGGAAGCCAUUGAAGCACCUCUGUUCGAUUCAUUCCUCACUAACAAUUCCCCCAAAUGUUUCUGAAAUUUCAUCUUCUUCUCCGGCAAUCGCCGCCAUACCAAAAACAAUCGGCUCUAUUCCAGCAACAAAGUCCCCCGGAGGUCCAAACGGGACGCAAACUAAUCAGCCGCAAAACACCAUGAAACCUAUCACAAUAGCCGCAAUCGCGGUCGGAGACCUUGCCGGAAUCACUAUUCUGGCCAUCGGGAUUCUCUACGUCUACCAUCACCGGAAACAAACAAGUCCCAAUUCUAAAACCUCUAAAUCCUCCGAGAAGAAGCCGCCGAUUGGCUCAGAACAAGACCACCAUAACACCCAAAAAAUACCCUCAUCGGUGUUGUUCUGUUUGGCCAACAAAGGAGAAGAUACAUCGGAGGCGACAAGUUCAUCCGACGGCGAAGAACAGAGUGAGAAAUCCGGAGCAAACCGCGGCGGAGUGAACAGAGACAGUAAGAAAAACGGCGUACUGGUGACGUUGGACGGAGAAACAGAGAUGGAAUUGGAGACAUUGUUGAAGGCGUCAGCAUAUAUACUUGGAGCAAGCGGCGGAAGCAUCGUGUACAAGGCGGUGCUGGAGGACGGUACGGCGUUCGCUGUCAGAAGGAUCGGCGACGUCAAUUUUGAGAGAUUGAGGGAUUUCGAGGCGCAAAUGAGAGCCAUUGCUAAGCUCCGACAUCAAAAUUUGGUGAAAAUUCGCGGGUUCUUUUGGGGAGAAGAUGAAAAGCUCAUAAUCUAUGAUUACGUCUCCAAUGGCUGCCUUGCAACCUCCAUUCACAAAAAACAGAGUUCAUCGUCUUCUUCCCAGAUCCAUCUAUCAUUUGAAGUCCGACUGAAAAUCGCCAGAGGAAUCGCCAGAGGAAUGGCUUUCAUCCACGACAAGAAGCACGUCCAUGGCAACCUGAAGCCUUCCAACAUCCUGUUAAACGCCGACAUGGAGCCCUUAAUCACCGAUCUCGGCCUCAACAAGCUCCUCUCCCGCAGUUCCAAGAUCGCCUUCGCCUCCACUUCAUCCCGGAACUUCGGCAGCCACAGAUCCACGCCGAAUCGCGAUCACCAUGACGGCGGUGGUGGAGGAAGCCCCGCAGUGAGCGUGGGAUCGGCGUACCAGGCGCCGGAAUCGCUGAAGAAUCUGAAACCGAGCCCUAAAUGGGACGUGUACUCGUUCGGGUUGAUUCUGGUGGAGCUUCUGAGCGGGAAAAUUGCGAGGGAGGGCGGCGUUGAAGACGAGGGGCGGAUGAAGAAGAUGGUGGAUCCGACGAUUAGAGGGGAAUUGGAAGGGAAAGAGGAGGCGGUAAUGGAGAUUUUUAGAUUAGGGUUUAGGUGUGCUUGUCUUGUGCCUCAAAAGAGACCCACCAUGAGAGAGGCUGUCCAAGUUCUGGAAAAAAUUUGUUCUUCCCAGAGCUAAUUGAUUUGAUCAUGGAGUUUCUUCAGAUCUUUUUCUCUUCAA